AUGUCGACAGCCAAUACACAAAAGACCAUGUUGAUCUUUGGCGCCACCGGCAAGCAAGGCGGUGCUGUCAUUGACAACAUUCUUUCAAACUCGCCUGAUUCUUCCUUUAAUAUCAUCGCAGUCACCCGCAACCCGACCAGCCGCAAAGCUCAGGCUCUUGCGGCCAAUCCCAAGAUAUCUGUCGUUGAGGGGGACUUGGACAAUGUCGGAGCAAUUUUCGCCAAAGCUGGCCCAGUAUGGGGCGUCUACAGCGUCCAGAUCAAUUCCGACGCAGAAGAACAGCAAGGCAAAGCUGUUGUCAACGCCGCCGUGCAGCAUGGUGUCCAGCACUUUGUCUACUCCUCCGGAGACCGUGGAGGACCUGAGCGAUCCCCCAAUAACCCAACCUACGUCAAGAACUUCGCUGCGAAGUACGCCAUUGAAAAACAUCUCGAACAGCAGGCGCGCGACAGCGUACAGCAGAUGACAUACACUAUUCUGCGACCAGUGACCUUUUUCGAGAACAUCACGACUGAAAGGAUGGUGUCGACUAAAGACAUUGGCUGGUUCGCGGCUCAGAGUCUCAUCUGGCCGGAGAUGUACAAGAAUAUGGCGUUGACGCUCGUGGGUGAUGAGCUCACACAGCGUGAGGCGGAUGCUAUCUACUAUGAAUUCAUCGGUCAGAAGAUGGCUUUGGCGCCUUGUCCUGUUGCGAGCGCUGUCAAGUUUGUAUUGAGGGGGUCUGUUGGUGAUAUGUUCAAAUGGUUUGCUGAUGAGGGUUAUGGUGGAGAUGUACAAGAGUGCCGUGCUUAUAAUCCCGGGUUGCAAGAUCUUAGAACCUGGUUGGAAGAGAACAAGAGGAAUUUUGAGAAGAAUAGUUCUUAG